AUGUCAAAUGAUUCACCUAAUUCAAACAAAUCCAAGGCUACUAGAAAACAACCCGAUCUUCGACAAUUCUUGUCUAAAAGAAAGAAACUCCAUGAAAAUGAGUCCAAUAACUCCCCUUCAUUAAGCCCCCCUCAAAGUCAAGAAGAUGAUAUGGAAAUGGGUGGUUCAAGUACUUGUAAUGUACCAUUGGAGGAAAAUUUGGUAUACGAUGUUGAACUUCUUCCUCAUGAUCCGGGAAAAAGAAUAAACAUAAUGGAUUACCCCGCAAAUGAACGAAAUGCAGUUAGGAGGGGUUAUAUUCUUAAAAAACCUUUCCAACCAAAAACUCAUGACUUUCCUCAAAGACAAGUGUCUGGUUUACGUCGCUUUAGUGUUCAUUGGUUCAAGAAAUGGGAUUGGCUUGAGUAUAGUAUUGAAAAAGAUGCUGCAUUUUGUUUUGUAUGUUACUUGUUCAAGAAUGAAGUUGAUAGUUAUUCGGGGGGUGAUGCAUUUGUUGAUGGAGGGUUUAGGGCAUGGAAUAAACCGGAAAGAUUUGAGAAGCAUGUUGGUGGAAUUAACAGUGCUCAUAAUCUUGCUUAUGAGAAAUAUGUGAAUUUAAGAGAUGGAAAAAAAAAAUCAAUCUUGAAUGUGUUUGACAAUGCAAGAGAAAAGGUUGAGGGAGUAAGACAACAUACUCUUGAAAAUGCACCUAAAAAUUGUCAAAUGAUUUCCCCUUCUAUUCAAAAGGACAUUAUUAAUUGUUGUGCCAAAGAAACAACUAGGUGCAUAAUAGAAGAAGUUGGUGAUGAUUACUUUGCCAUAUUAGCCGAUGAGUCAAGUGAUGUGUCCCAAAAAGAACAACUAGCUCUUGUUUUGCGCUUUGUUAAUAGAGAUAGUGGAAAGGUAAUGGAGCGAUUUUUAGUCAUUGUUCAUGUUGGUAAUACUACCGCUUUAACUCUUAAAGAUGCAAUCAUGUCUUUACUUGUUGAACAUUCAUUGAGUCCAUCUAUGAUAAGGGGGCAAGGGUACGAUGGAGCUAGCAACAUGAAAGGUGAAAUAAAUGGUCUUAAGACUUUGAUUAUGAAUGAUACUCCAAGUGCCUACUACGUACAUUGUUUUGCUCAUCAACUUCAACUAACACUAGUUGCCGUUGCUAAAAAGAAUGAUAGUUGUGGUUGGCUUUUUGAGAUACUUGCAAAUUUAUUGAAUGUGGUUGGAGUUUCUUGCAAGAGAAGAGAAAUGAUUCGACAAGAUCAAGCUCAAGAAGUUGCUCGAGCAUUGGAUGUAGGGGAUAUUGUGAGUGGAUCGGGUUUAAAUCAAGAACUUGGUUUGAAAAGGCCCGGGGAUACUCGUUGGAGUUCUCAUUACAAGUCUAUUUCAAACAUCAUCCUCUUAUUUCCUACAAUUGUUAAGGUACUUGUACACAUUGGGAAGCAUGGUGUAUCGGAAGAUAAGUUCAAAGCUCAAAUUGUUUUAGGACAAUUAGAGUCAUUUGACUUUGUUUUUAUUGCUCACUUGAUGUUGACUAUUUUUGGUUACACUAAUGAUUUGUGUGUUGCUUUGCAAAGAAAGGAGCAAGAUAUUGUAAAUGCCAUGGAACUUGUCACUUACACAAAAUUGGUGUUGCAAAAAAUGAGGGAGCAAGGAUGGGAUACUCUCUUAAACAAGGUAACUUCAUUUUGUGCUAAACAUGGUAUUGUUGUUCCCACUAUGGAUUCUCCUUAUGUUCCUCAAGGAAGAUCAAGACGUUUUGUUGAAGAAGCAACAAAUGAACAUCAUUUUCGGGUUGGAAUUUUUGUAAGAGUGAUUGAUUUGCAUCUUCAAGAACUUGAUGAUCGAUUUAAUGAGAGGAAUAUGGAGAUACUAAUAUGUAUGGCUUGUUUAAGUCCUAAAGAUAACUUCUCAUCCUUUGAUAAAGAUAAGGUACUUAAACUUGCCUCUUUUUAUCCCGAAGAAUUUUCAAGCUUUGAUUUGAUGGCUCUUGAAUGUCAACUUGAUAUAUUCAUGGAGAAUAUGCUAAAUGAUGAUAGAUUUCAAGGUUUAAAUGACCUUAACUCUCUUUCUAUGAUGCUUGUUAAAACUAAUAAGCAUAAGACUUUUCCUCUUAUUCAUUUGCUUAUCAAGUUGAUGUUGAUUCUUCCGGUUGCCACGGCAAGUGUUGAAAGAGUCUUUUCCGCAAUGACAUGUGUCAAAAAUAAGUUGCGAAAUAGCAUGGGUGAUCAACUUAUGAAUGAUUGUUUGGUCACUUUUAUUGAGAAGGAUGUCUUCCUAAGAGUUUCCGAUGAAAAAAUUGUUGAUCGCUUCCAAAAUAUGAAGACUCGAAGGAUGAAAGUGUAA